AUGGAAAAUAGAAAAGUAGAAUCAACUCAUAUGUACUUAGCUAAUUUUCACAUUUCGUUUUGCAAAGUGGGAGAAAAAGUUAAUAAGUUCUCUACACUCCAUUGUGGUAGUCCUACAUCUGACGAUAAUAAUGAACCGUUUCAAAGUGAAACACUUAUUUCUCCUAUUCAACUGAAUAAUACGGACUUUGAACUCAAAACAUUUAUAGAUGAUGUUUAA